AUGAAUUCCAAUGUUUGCAUAUAUCCUCUGUCCUCGUACCCAACACUGGAACAGCUGAGUCAGCUGGAAUGUGACCAAUGGCUUCAACUUGGUGUUCGCUUGGGAUUGGGCAAUGACCAACUGGAAACCAAGAGCCAACAUCCCACAGCAGCAACUCUCAAGGCAGCCAAAAUCAAGAAUAUUGACAUGCAGUGGAAGGAUAUUUUGGAAGCUCUAGUGAGCAUUGGAGAGUACAAGUUGGCAGAGAGUGUGUGCACUCAGCAAGGGGAAGGUGAGAGUGCUCUGUCAGUGAGUGCAUUCUAUGGCUGGCUGGACUGGCUCAAGCGUCUUGUGGAAACUGUGGGCCUCGAUCCAAAAGGUACAGUCAACAAGGCUGGUGACACCCCACUCUCUCUGGCCUGUGCCAAUGGCCACUUGGACACAGUCAAGUAUCUUGUAAACCAGAUUCAUUGUGAUCCCAGAACUACAGUCAACAAGGCUGGUGACACUCCACUCUCUCUGGCCUACAAAAACAGAAACUUAGAGACUAUCAAAUAUCUCGCUCAAGAACAUCAGUGUGACCCAAAAUUUGCAGUGAAUGAGGCUGGAGACACUCCUCUCUCCCUUGCGUGUUCCCGUGGUAACCUGGAGAUAGUCAAGGCUCUCAUCAACAAGCAUGUUGAUCAGCCAGCCAACAAGGCUGGUGACACUCCACUCUCUCUGGCCUACAAACAUGGACAUUGGGAAGUGGUCAAGUAUCUUGCUCAAGAACAUCAGUGUGACCCCAAAUUUGCAGUGAAUGAGACUGGAGACACUCCUCUCUCUCUUGAGUGUUCCCGUGGUGACCUGGAGAUGGUCAUGGCUCUCAUCAACAAGCAUGUUGAUCCAAAUAAGCCAGCCAACAAGGCUGGUGACACUCCACUCUCUCUUGCCUACAAACGUGGACAUUGGGAAGUGGUCAAGUAUCUUGCUCAAGAACAUCAGUGUGACCCCAAAUUUGCAGUGAAUGAGACUGGAGACACUCCUCUCUCUCUUGAGUGUUCCCGUGGUGACCUGGAGAUGGUCAUGGCUCUCAUCAACAAGCAUGUUGAUCCAAAUAAGCCAGUCAACAAGGCUGGUGACACCCCACUCUCUCUGGCCUACAAUGGUGGACACUGGGAAGUGGUCAAGUAUCUCGCCAUCACUCAUCAGUGCGAUACAAAAAGUUUCCUCUUACAAGCGGUAAAGCAAAAAUAUAAAGUAGAGUUUCUACUGGUAGAAUGCCACAGUGAUCCGAAUGUGACUGACAAAAAAGGCAAGACACCUCUCGAUUUGUCCAACGAUCCUACCAUCAUAAAGCUCCUCUUGAAACACGGAGCCAAGGCUGCCAACAUCUACAAGAAACACAGCAGGCUCAUCGGAAAGCUCUCCUCCGAGCAACCCCCACACCUUCCUCUGUCUGUGCUCAUCAUUGGCGAUGGUGGCGUGGGGAAGAGCACUCUGUUGAAGUCCAUUCUGAGCCCAAAAGGGUUUUGGUCUAAACUACUGAAGAGGAGACCCGUAGAUGGUGUCGAUGCGAGGACAGUGGGGAUCAUACCGUACGAAAUAUACACCAAAGAGUUUGGAAAAAUAAUUUACUUUGAUUUUGCUGGCCAGAAAGAGUUUUACACGAGCCACUGUGCCAUUCUUGAGAAUGCUGUUCAAACCUCACCACCCAUCAUUAUCCUCUGUGCUAAGCUUGUAGAAAGUGAGCAUGCAAUUAUUGAUUCCAUGUAUCGUUGGUUGACCCUCGUCCAAAACCAGUGCACCAAUCUAAAAGGCAAAGCACACGUGAUAGUAGUUGGUAGUCAUGCUGACAAAGUUAAGGAAAUGAGAGAAGAUCCACGAGCCAAAGAGAACAUCUUUGCUCCGAUUAUCACGAAAUUCCCAAAAUUUGAGUUCACAGGGUUCAUUCCAAUGGAUUGCCGUUUUGCUGAUUCGAAUGACAUGAAUAUCGUGAGAAAACAGAUCCAGAAAAGCUCUGCUAUUCUCCGCUCUCCAGAAACCAUCAGCCUGAAUGCUCACACAUUUUACAUCUACCUUGCUGAGAAUUUCCAAGAAGAACUUGCAGUUUCAUUGAAAGUUGUUCAACAACGAAUACACAGCGAUCUAGACCAAACACACGAGUCAGAAAAAAUGGCUGACAUUCUUUCUUUCAUUCCGACCACCCUCAGCCGUCUUAUUGAUAUCUGUGACCAGCUAAGCAAAUUGGGACUUCUGUUGUUUCUUCACAACAAUUCCUCAUAUGAAAAUUCCUUUCUGAUCUGUGACUCUAAAACAUUGCUCUCUGAUGUCACUGGGACAGUGUUUGCUCCUGAGCACUUCCGCCAGCACUGCAAACUCGCCUCAAGCACUGGAGUGGUGCCUUUGUCUAAGUUUCUUGAAACUUUCAGAAAUUACGACAUUGAAAUGCUAAUCGCUUUCAUGACACAUUUAGAACUGUGCUUUGAGAUUAAAGACAAGCAAGUCUUGGAUUACAUUCACAAGGUGGAGCCAAAACUAACCGACACUCGCUAUCUCUUUUUUCCCGGGCUCAUCAGGAUAGAAACUCCCGAGCGUGUGUGGGAGGAAGACACUUCCAUGAGCUACCACUUUGGUUGGAUACUCCAAACCUCUCAGGAUACAGAUUUUUUCGAUCCUCGCUGCCUUCAAGUACUCAUUUUGAGGAUAGUGUUCACCUUCCGCCUUGCCCCUGCUCUGAGAGUACAGCAUGAUGUCCCUUCCCUGCAGAAAUUCUGCUCCGUGUGGAAGAGUGGGAUCUGCUGGUGCAAUGAUGAUGGGAUCACUACACACCUUGAGCUUUGUAACAACAAAUCUUUCACUAUUAAAAUACGAGCCGAAGUUCUUACACCUGAGGGCCUUGCCAAUCGCUCCGAGGUAGUCAACAAAGUUCUCGAAACGGUGAAAGAUGUUUGUCCCAAUAUUGUAGUUGUGGAAUCACUGAUCAAUCCACUAGAAGUUGUCAGUCAUCCUCUACAACCUUCCUCAGAGCUCAUGCUGUUUAGUGUUAGAGAUCUUGCUGCCGCUGUCAGCUCUCAAAAAGAAGCUGUGAAAUCCGUUCAUCAAGCUCUUUCGCUGAAACGACUUCUCCAGUUUGAGCCGUAUGCUGGUUUGGACCAAAAUACUCUACUGUGUAUUCACAGUGACAAGAAUGUCAUGAAAGAUGAACAGAUUUCAAAUGCCUUUGUUUCUAAUUUUGCUACACAAAUUUCCGAUCCAAACAGUAUUCUGGUGUACAGAAGAAUCCUGAGCCAAUCUCGAGCUUCUAGUGUCAAUAUUCAGUCGGUCAGUCCCAGACAGGAGGUGAUUCAGGCCCUUGAGAUGUGGAGGAGUGAGACUGAGGGAACUUACAGCUGUCUGAGGGAGACUCUCAACAAGCACAGCGUCUUCACUGGGAGAAACCCUCUUGACCUAGCUGGUGUGGCUCAUGAUGAUAUUGAUCCCUCUGUGUUUAGUAUCAAUGGUGAUGAGCAAAAGGAUUCAGGGAUUACCAGUCUCCAUGAGUUGAUGGUCAAGCAUGGAGUCACUGACGAGCAGUUGGAUCGAGAGAUUGUACAAGACGACCUUGCUCCAGUAGCUAUGCACUUUGAUGAUGUGGAGCUCUACCUCAAUCCACUGAAGUUGACUGACAAUGAACAAGCUGACGUGAGGCGAGAGACUUAUUUAAGUAGAAGCAAUCAAGUGGCAGUGAUCAACAGUUUGUCAAUCUGGAGAAGUCACGAACCCAGCGAAGCAACCUUUAGAGCACUGAUUAGUAUAUUAUUCGAUCUGGGGAAGGAAGAGAUUAUUACUAAGAUCUGCCAGUACUUGAAAAGACCCAGUGAUCUAUGAGUGCUGAGAGUGACUGACUGUAAAGCUAGAGCUAUGUGUAGGACUCUUGUACUGAAUUGAACACACAGUAGCUAUAUAUUCUUGUUAUUGUGUGUGUGUGAUUUUUCCCAAUGUGAGUCAUGGCUAAUCUAAUCUUUUUAA